AUGGGCGCCUGCGUUGUCUCUGUGAUGGAGAUGCGCAACAGCCUCAGUCUCGCCGAGGCCCCCGACUUCGCGGCGCGGCGCGUCUACGGUGUCGUCAACCAGCGGGUCACGGAGGACGAAGAGGAUCGCUCUGGCGUGUACCGGUGUGCACGGCUGACGGAUGAGCAACACGCGGAGUACUCGAACUGGUACGAUGGACCAAAUCUGCUGGAGCGCCUCGCGACAAUCUGCAAGGAGCGCAGUGAGCAGCAUGCCAUGGCGUACCGCACAGUGGAGAAGGUGGUGAAGGAGACCACGCAGGAUGCGAAGGGCCGUGCGCAGGAGUGGGAGUACACGUUCCUGAACGCGCCGACGUACAUCACGUACGCGGAGGUGUGGAACCGGCUCGUCGCGUUCGGUCGCGGGCUGGUAGAGCUGGGCCUCAAGAAGGACAGCCAUGUGGCGCUCUACGAGGAUACGCGGUGGGAGUGGAUGGUGACAAUGCUCGGCGUGUGGUCACAGAGGAUGAUAGGGGUAACCGUCUACGCGAACCUCGGCGACGACGCGCUGCUCUACGCGCUCAAGGAAGCAGCGUGCGAGGCGCUGGUGUGCAACGGCAAGAACGUCGGCAAGCUCAUCUCGCUGAUGGACCAGUCUGGCGUGCAGAACGCGACGAUCAUCUACCUGGACACGCUGCCGUUGGAUGUGGACACAAAGUCGCACACAGUAAUUGCGUGGACCGAUGUUCUGGCAAAGGGCACCCAGUCGACAGUGCCGUGCAAGCUGCAGAACGACAACAACGCGGAGGUACUGAUCAUGUACACCAGUGGCACGACUGGCGACCCAAAAGGCGUCGUCCACACGAUUGGUGCGCUGACGCAAGGCGCCCUCGGUCUGGAGGACCGGCUGACGGACUUGAUCGGUAAGGAGGAAAACGAGUCGUACAUUGCCUACCUUCCGGCUGCGCAUAUCUUCGAGCUCACGUGCGAGAACAUAAUGCUGCUGCGCGGCGUGCUCAUCUGCUUCGGCACCCCGCGUACGCUGACAGACACCUUUGCGCGACCGUGCGGUGAUCUGAAGGCCUUCAACCCAUUCUUCUUCAUCGGCGUGCCGCGUAUCUUCGAGACCAUCAAGAAGGCCGUGGAGGCGAAGCUGCCGCCGGUGGGCACGCUCAAGCGAAAGGUGUUCGACCACGCCUACCAAAGCCGGCUGGCGGCACUGAAGGCGGGCAAGGACACGCCGUACUGGAACGAGGUGUUCAAGCUGCCGCGCGGGAUUCUCGGGUCGAAGCUGCGCGGGAUCUGCAGCGGCGGUGCCCCACUGUCCGACAAGACACAGGAAUGGUUGACCGUCGUGCUGGGCCGCCCCGUGGCGCAGGGCUACGGCAUGACAGAGUCCGUGUGCAACGCCUCCGUGCAGCGCUCCGGUGAGCUCACAUGUGAGGCAGGGCAGCUCCUGCGCGGUGUCGAGGCGCGCCUGCUCGACACGGAGCACUACAAGCACACGGAUAAGCCGCACCCGCGCGGCGAGGUGCUGCUGCGUGGCCGCUUCGUCUUUAAGGGUUACUACAAUCAGCCAAGGUUGACAGAAGAAACUGUACUGCCUGGUGGGUGGCUGCGCACCGGUGACGUGGCCGAGAUGGAUGCGGAGACUGGCCAGCUGCGCAUUAUUGGCCGCGUGAAGGCGCUCGCCAAGAACGCGAUGGGCGAGUACAUUGCGCUGGAGAACCUGGAGGCGCUCUACUGCGAGUGCCCGGUCGUGAUGCCCAACGGCAUCUGUGUGCUUGUGGACCCGCGCCAACCCUUUAUCACUGCGCUCGUACUGACAGACGAGCCCAAGGCGAUGGAGUUCGCCCGCACCCACAAGGUCGAGAACGCGAGCUGGCCGGAUGUCUUAAAGGACUCCAAGUUUUUGGACGCGGUGAUCGCGUCACUCGCCGAAAUCGGCAAGAGAGCCGGCAAAAAGCCUUUCGAGCUGCUGAAGCGGGUACGGGUGCUGUGCGAUGAGUGGACACCAGAGAACAACCUUGUGACAGCCUCCAUGAAGGUGCGCCGAAGCACCAUUGACGCGCACUACGCUGACAUCAUCAAGGAGUUAUUCACGGAUUAG